GGACGGGACAAAGCACCCAGGAGUCACCUCCAGAGAGAGCAGCUCCACCCCCAGCUCCCCCUUGGCUGCACUGUCCCCAGCGAGCAGGAACACCGGCACCGAGAAAGCAACUCACAGGGAAGCAGAAGCAGCCCACCGUGACGUGCCGGGGCUUGAGCUGGGAGAAGAAAAGCCUGCAGGACAGAGAAGCUCUCCAAGCAGCAGGACUUCCCCAGGCACUCUCCUCCAAGAGGUCAGCCUCGCAGAAAUGGCAUCCCAGAGGAUCGCCAACCAGUUGCAUGGAACCAUUGCCCUGGUGAGACCUGGCUCCAGACCCUGCCUCCUGGAAAAAAGUCCUUCGGGGUCAGCAGGGUCCCCACCGGCAAGGAAGACUCCUCUCCCUCCGGAGCGUGAGCACAGCCCCAGCCUUGAGUCUUAUUUAACAGCAAGCAAACUGGACUCUCCCAAGGUUGCUCCAUCCUAUGAAAACCUAAAACUGACCACCCGGAGAGAGCAGCUCUGCCUCCUCCACAAGCACCUUUCCCUGCAUCAGCUGGGGCUGGCAAGCAACCGUGUCUCGGUCGAUCGGGACGGCAGCAGCUUCCCCAGCCAUUUGCUCAGGGCCAAAGAUGCCGAUGGCAGGACGCGGUCGCGUGAUGGCUGGGAAGAUCGUGCAGCGUUGCUGAAGCUCCCUGCUGCCAUGGUGUAUGUGAGGGAUCAGCACCUGGAGGAGAAGCUGCACCUUCUCAAGCACAGGGAGCAGCUGCAGCAUUUCCUCAUGCAGCAAUGCCAGCCAGGCCAGCGGGCAGAUGGAGACCCAAAGCUCACGCCUGAGGAGCGGCCCCUCUCCCUGUGGCCGAGCAUCGUGCCAGGAUGUAAGGAGGAAAGGUCCUUCCUGGAGGAUGCUGCAGAUGGGAAGGAAGAGAAGGAGCUUUGGCUGAGCCAAAACAGCUCCAAGCUCCAAGAAAAGGCGAAGGCGGCAAGGGACGAUGGUACAGAUGUGCCGCUGGAUCUGUCAGACACUGGCCGUGGCAAGGAAACAGGCUGGCACAACCGCCGGGAGCCACAGGGAGCCAGCAGCCCACGACACGGGGCAGAGCAGGAUGACUUGCGUUUCCCCUGCCGCUGGCCCUCUGCCACCCGGGCAUUGCCUGGUGCUGUUGAGGAGGAGGAGGAUGAGGAGGAGGAGGAGGAUGCAGCUGUGCUCGCGCUCUCACGGACACAUCUGACAAACAACUCCACGCCGAGCAACCCAGAGACCCUUCCAGAGACCGGGGUGAGGCUGGAUGUCAGUGCACAGAAAGGAGAAGCAGAUGAUGACGACACUGAGUCUGGGAAGCAGGAAUCUGAUGAGCCAGACACGACGGACAGCGAGGUCGCUGCCCCAUAUGAAGACGAUAUCCUACAAGAAGCCCAGGCUGACGGGAAAUGUUUUUGCACCAAAGACAAAGCUCAUGCGCUGCAGAAGAAGAGAAAAAGAGGCCAGGAUCCCUGGACAAAAGGAGCUAAGAAGUCAAAGAGAGGAAGAAAGAAAGUCAAAGUGGAGCAGUGCUCAGUGGGAAUCACGAAGGAACCAGAGAACUGCUCCGCUUCCCACAACGAUACCUCCGGAGAGAGCUAA